AUGUCGUUAUCCAGGACAUCACUGACGUCGAUGACGAGGCGUGCCAUCACAGCUGUGACGGCACGUUCAUUGAGCGGUGUUCAAGAAGCCGACAUCGUCGUCAUUGGUGCUGGUCCCGGUGGUUACGUAGCUGCAAUCAAAGCUGCGCAGCUUGGAAUGAAGACCGUUUGUGUAGAAAAGGAGCCAACUCUCGGAGGAACUUGCUUGAACGUUGGCUGCAUCCCAUCAAAAUCAUUGCUGAACAAUUCCCAUUACUACCACAUGACUCAUCAUGACUUUGCUAACCGAGGUAUCGAAUGUACUGCUACAUUGAAUCUUACAAAAAUGAUGGAAGCAAAAGCCAGCAGUGUCAAACAACUCACUGGAGGAAUUGUACAACUGUUCAAGGCAAAUAAGGUUGGACAUAUUGAAGGUGUUGGAAGCAUCACUGGACCGAACCAGGUUCAAGUGCGAAAGAAUGACGGUUCGAUAGAGACAGUGAACACCAAGAAUAUCCUUAUAGCCACCGGUUCAGAAGUUACACCAUUUCCUGGGAUCUUAAUUGAUGAAGAAAAGAUUAUUUCAUCAACUGGUGCACUCUCUUUGAAAGCGGUGCCUAAGAAAAUGGUGGUAAUAGGAGCAGGUGUUAUUGGACUUGAGUUGGUUAGUUUGUUAUAG